UACGUUACAGUAACUGUUAGUCAUGUAGGGAAGACCUUAUUGUUACACUUUAUAAUAUAUAUUGACAAACGGCUUAAUUUUCCAUAUGUAUGUCCGUUUUCUGGUAUCUUGGUUUAUUUUCUGUGACUUCAUAACCACAUAAAAGGGUCUGUAGCACUUUAUUUGAUGCUUAAAUACCAAUCUGUGAAGUCUCAUGUUCUAUUAGCCUUCCGUUAACAUCUUGUUUUUCAGUCUACUUUCACGGUAAUUGUCUCAGUUAUGUUCCGGAAAUUCACAACUUUAGGAUAAGUCUCGCGUUCUUGUGACAUUGCUGUUGCCUAGUUAUUUUGAUCAUUAGGCAGGUACUCUUCAGUAACUUUUGGUCAUGAAAAAUCCCAUCGAUUUUUCAACUGUGCCAGUCUAUAGUCAUUCCCAUCCGUCAAGAAACAAAGUGACCACCGUUUAGUUCAGUAAGAUAUGUUUAGUUAUCGUGUUUCAUACGGUUCAUAUUAUUAGAAAAGCCUUGUGAUUAAUUGGUUUUUGCACUUAUUUUCAUCGUCUAGUCAUACGGCUAAAUAUGUAUGUUGACGUAUUAGGGUGUCUAUUCUCCAAUCGAGGUAGAUUGUCUCUGAGACUAUAGUCUAUGGACGACCUUGGAUCAACGCUGAGGUGACCUUAAGAAUCCCUGCCUAGUUACUAGGGUUAAAUGAAGAUUAUAAAUCAGUGGAAGAAAUUAGUAUGUGGGUUUACAGUUAGACAUUAGGGUCAAGAAUGAGAUUUAGUGUUUUUAUCACUAACUGAUAUAAAAUGUCAAAGUGCUAUCUAACCACAAUCCAAGACCUAAGUAAUUCCAGUACGAAUCUAAAAGCUGAUUAGCCUAUACUGUUAGUGAAAUACUAGCGUACUCACAGAGGUGUUAAAGGCAUGUGACCAUGUUUCUAUUAAAACAUGGUUUGCUUGACUGUGCAAAAUUUGAUGUCUGACACAUCGAAAACCCUAUUUUUAUGCAACCAUUCGAGUGGUUAUAUCUCGAUUCUAAACCAUAUGGUUUGUGUCUUUGACUACCAUUCUCAGUCAUUGAUAUGGGCAUCUGUAGAAUAGUUGAAUGUAAAGGUACUCGUUUUCCAAUCAAUCGAUCAUGCAUUCACAUACUUUGAUUAGAAAAAUAUAAACAACGCAGGGUCUGGCACAUAUGUAUGUGGAUCACUGAGGCAGAUGAUCUGUAUCGAAUGAUUUCACUGGCCCUACAUGUAUACCGACCUCAAUUGUUACACUUACUACCAUAGCAAAAACGUAAGGAAGUAAAAAUGAAGUUAGUAACACUAACAUUCUUUACUCUUUAUUGUAUUCAUAGAGUUAUUCUAUUUUCAUGCAUACCUCAAGUACAUAUAUUCAUCCUAAACAUUUAUUGCAUUAAUGUGCUCGAUUUUCCCAGGAAAUCCUUUUUAAUUGACAUUUAAUAAUUAGGUGCAGAAUAUAAAAUUUAUGCACUUUCCAUUUUGUAGUCUCAAUUUUUGUGAAUGACUACUGCCACUAGUAGUUCUAAGCAACCAGUUUGUGUUCCUGAUAGUGUGACUGAAGAUAAGGUUGUACAUUGGAAAAUACAUCGUCGACAACUCGUUAACCCAUCGGUUUCUAUCUGCGAACUUGUUGAUGACGCGUCUGGUAAGAUAGACAUUAGAGCUCCUGGCUAUGGUUGGGUAACCAAGAUGAAAGAUGAAGGUGCUGUAGUUGUUCCUGGAUGUGUUCUAUUCAACUUCCUACCAUGCACACAUCACGUUGUAAUGAAAGACUUGUGUGCGGAAUGUGGUGCCAAUUUGCGUAGGUAAGUCUAGCUUUUUUCAUUCAACGUCUCCUCAGAGAAGGAGGGAUAUCAGGUGAACGGAUUACUGGUGCUAGUGCUAGUAUACCAAUGGUGCAUGCAAUCCCAGAACUUCAUGUCAGUGAAACAGUUGCAGAUGAAAUCGCUUUACAGGAUCAACAAAGUUUAUUGGCUGCUCGAAAACUUGUUUUGCUAGUUGAUCUUGAUCAGACAAUAAUACAUACAACUAAUGAUCCAAAAGCUUUUAAAUAUAAAAAUGUACAUCGAUAUCGUUUGCCAGGAUCACCACUUGUUUAUCAUACACGAUUAAGACCUCAUUUAGAAAAAGUGUUAGAUUGUCUUAGCCAGUAUUAUCAAAUGCAUAUCUGCACUUUUGGUAACCGUGUCUAUGCACAUCAACUUGCUUCAAUGAUUGAUCCAAAACGUAGGUAUUUUUCACAACGUAUCCUAUCACGGGAUGAAUGUUUUAAUCCAGUUACAAAGUCAGCAAAUUUAAAAGCAUUAUUUCCUCGUGGCCUCAACCUAGUAUGUAUUAUUGAUGAUCGUGGUGAAGUAUGGGAUUGGUCUUCCAAUUUAAUUCAUGUUAAACCAUAUCGCUUUUUUCCAGAUAUUGGAGAUAUUAAUGCUUUUCCAUGGUCAUCACAACCAUCAUCAUCUUCAAUCCUUACUUCGUCAUCUUCUGAUAGUUGUACAUCGACUUCAACAAAGGUCACAGAAUCCUCCUCCUCACCGUUAUCAAAUUGUUCAAAUGUUCAACUGAUCGAUAAAUCUGAUCAAAAUAUGAAUUCACAGGUUAGUGAAGUUAAUGAGAAUAUUUUAUCACACGAUGUGGAAGCAAAGUCAAAUAACAAGGAUAAUACUACAACUGCUAUCAGCAAUAAUGAAAAGCCGGUUCUCUGUACACUGGAUAAGACUAAUGAUGAUGCUUCUGUUACUACUACUGAUAAUAAUGAUAUUGAAUUUUGUCAAACUCAAUCAACUAGUGCAAAUGUCACACUAAACUUAUCCAAAUCAACUGAUAAUAUUGGAGACCAUAUAAACGAUAAUUCCACUACAACUACCGUUGUUGUUGAUGAUGAUCAUGACAAGAAUGAUAUUAAUAAUAAUAAUGAUCAUGAUUCAUUAUCGAAAAUAAAAGAGAUAGAAAUAGAAAUAGACGCUGCAGAUGAUGAUUAUUUAUUACGUUUACAAGAGAUUCUAUUGAGAAUUCAUCGAAAUUAUUUUAAAACUUAUGAUCUAUGGCAAACUGGUCAUUAUAAUCAUCAUAAAACAACAUUGAUGACAAAAUCACCAGAGAAUAAACACAGUGACCAUUCAAUAAACUCGUCCAUUGUGAAUAAUUCACGUAAAAAUGUCUGCCUAACAAAUCCGACUGGAAAUACAGAUGCUAUACCCACAUAUUUACCGCACGUUUCUGAUAUUAUAGCUAAAUUGAGAAAAACUGUACUUGGUCCUAACUGUCAUAUCACAUUGUCUGGGUUAUCACCUGCACAUUUUCCUGCUGAUCGGUGCUUAGCUGGUCGAAUUGUACGCAGUUUAGGUGGUAUAUUGCAUGCAAGCUUAAGACUACCGUCAAUAUGCAAUCAGUCAAAUGGUAAUGAUGAUAUGAAUGGUGAUAAUACAACAUCAAUGCCAGUUAACAAGUUGGAGCUUAAGUCCGAAUCACAUGGUAUUGUGCAUAGUGUUUCUACUCACUAUACAACACAUUUAAUUGCUUGUCGUAGAGGAACAGAAAAAGUACAUGCUGCAUUAAAAUAUCUUACAAUAGAUAGUAAUAAUCUUCAAGUAAACAAUAAUUCAUCUUCACAUUCACUUCAUCUUGUUUCACCGCAAUGGUUAUGGUCUUGUCAUUAUCAUUGGGAUCAUGUAUGUGAAUCAAAGUAUCCAUUAGAUCGUGAUUUUCAUCCAAGUGAUUUUGAUCCGGAUAUUGAACCGAUUCCAGGUACAAUUCGAUAUGCAAAACGUAUGCGACGACACUAUUAUCAUCAUCAUCAUCAUCAUUCCCACAUUAAUCCUUCUGAUGGACUUCAUCAUCAUUCUACGCAUAAUGAUAAUCGUCCACGUCAUCAUCGCCACGGUCAUAGUCGUCAUCACCACCAUCGUCAUUCUCAACAUCAUACUCAUCUUCAAGAUAAACAUUAUCAUAAGCAUUCACAUAAACAUCAUCGAUUAUCUAUGGAAUUAGAACCGUCUUCUGAUAUGAGUGAUGACAUUGAACAGAAAAUACCUCGUCUAGAUCCAAGUGUAGUCCGAUCCGCUUUAGAUUCUAUUCGUACAGAACGAGAAAACGAUCGAAAACGUAAAUUGAGAAAGAAAUCAAAAACUAAGAGACAUCAUAAACGACACCGUCGAGAUUUAUCUCAUCAUGAAAAUGCAAAAGUGAAGAAUAUUUCAUUAAUUGAUAAUGUAACUAUAAAUGAUCAGGGUGGAAUAAUGUCUGGAAAUGAAAGUUCUUCAUCUUCUUCGUCAUCACCAUCAUUGAAAUCUGAUUCCUCUAUAGAAUCAGAUGUUGAUCAUCAUGAGAGACAACCAAAUAAUUCAUCAUCAUCAUCAUCAUCAUCAUCAUUCACAGAACACUCCUCAAAGCAAGGAAAUAUUUCAACAGAAAAUUCAAAGUUAGCAUGUUUAUUUGAUGAAUCAUUAUGCGAUCAUAGUGAAAUUUGUCAAAAUAAUAGUAUUAUAAAUUGUGAUCUAUGUAAAUCAACUUCAUCAUUAUUAUGUAAUUCUGACAAGUUACUAGUGAAAAGUCCAGUAGUAGUUGAUCAUUAUGUGACAGAAAUUAAAGAUGAAGGAGAUCAAGAUUUCAAUGAAUAUACAACAACAAAAAAUCUCAUAGAAUUAAACGAUGAUGAAGAAGAGAGAGAAAGCACAGGAAACACAGAACAGUUCAAUGGGGAUGACGAUGAUGGUGAAGAGGAUGAGCAUUCCGAUUUAACCAAUGAACAAAUUGAAGGAGAAGAGGAAGUUAAAGCUCAACUCAGUGACUUUUUACCACCUCCAACAACUUUAGUAUUGGCAGAUAAUCCUUUGAUGCACUUACCUCCAGAUGCAACUGGUAAAAUGCUCGCUGAAAUUGAAGAUGCUGUUCUUGAAGAAGUAACUGAAAGAGCUACAUCAGUUCCUCGAGAAGCUGAAAUCUAUGAUCCAGCUAUAGAUAAUUUUAAUGAUUCUUCAUCAACAGAUUCUUCAUCAGACAAUCAAACAUCUGUUAUUGAAUUAACUAAAUUUCAUAAAUCUCAUAAUACAACUAAUGAAUUAAUGAAAAAUCCAAUGGAAUGUGAUCGUAGAACAUUAAAUUGGCAGGUACAAAGGGAAUUACUAGUACGUAGACGUCAUCGUGCAUCCCCUGUAGAAACUACAAAAAUUGACCGCGAAAUUCGCCGUUUAGAUCAACGUUUCUGUAGGGAAAGUCGGCGUCGACGCUCAUGUGAUGAUUUAAUGUUUGGAUCAAUGAAAUCAAUUAACAGUGAUAAUGAUAAUUUCUUUAAUGAAUCGGACAGCGAUUGUGAUUCAUACGAUGCUGAUUAUCCAAAAGGUUGGGGCCCUGACGAGCACAUUCACAAAGUUCCUAAACAUCGCCUUUCAAGUCAUAAACGUUGGCUUAUUGGUUCACAUCAUCAUAAAUGUAGUCGUUUAUCUGUCUCUCCAGCAAUACACUCUGAUCCUGAACCGAAUACUAAUUGGUGGAUACAAGAUACAGAAGAUGCAGAAAAUAAAGAAUGGAACACUUGCCCUGAAGGUUAUGAUUAUGCUGAUGCUGAACGUACUCGAGAAAUACUGUAUGAUUCUCGACGUGAUAGAUAUGAAUCAUGCAAAUAUGAAAAUAAUAUAGCUUAUCAAAAAAGAGGUCAUGGUAAUUUAACACGAUGUCUAUUUGGUGCCGAUGAUAGUCCAGAAGAUAUAAAUCAAUCCAGUGCAGAUGAUGAAGAUGUAAUAGGUCCAAUCUCUGAUGUAUCAAUUGGUGAAGAUUCCGGUGACCUAGAAAAUGAUGACGAAGAAGAAGAAGAUGAAGAUCUAACUGAUGAACGAUGGGAUCCAUUAAGAGAGUUUAUGUAAUAGCUUUAUUCAUUAUAUUUUGUUAUUGUUUAUAAAAUUGUACAUAUAUCUAUCACUUGUUCUCUUUAUAUUAUCGAUUUCUACCUUUGUAGUGUAUGUUUAUAGAGAGUGAUAUUGAUUAUCUUGUUACACCUUUUAAUCAUUCUUUACUAAUCAUAAUUAUUUUUAAACAUACAAUGUCAAUGUUUCUUCUUUUUUUAAAACAAAACGUUACUAUGAAAAGACACGAGCAACAAAACCACAUCUAAUUUAUUUUGUCUUUCGUAAUGUUUGGAUCAUUUUGCAAUGAAAAUAAAUGAAGAUUUGCAGUUGAUGAAAUUUCACUACUUUGAA